CAACACCAACACACUGCAACAAAAUUGAGACGCAUAAAAAUGCCCGCCAGACGCAGAAAUAGAAGCAUCAUCAAAAACAGGAGUAGUAGCAGCAGCAGCAGCAACAACAGCAACACGAAUUAGAAGACCACAUCAAUUUUGAGAGGAGAGAAAAACUUAAUUAAAACGCGUUUGGGCAGACAAAUUUUCUGCGGUCUAUAUUAAUUGGAAUUUAUUUUCGUGGCAACUGAAAACGGGACGGGGGCUAAAGAAAAGGGGAAAACAAAUGUGGUCACAUUUGUUGCACUGAUCAACCAGACCAAAAACCCAACCAACCAUCCACUUAAACCACCCACCCAACCACUCAACCACCCAUCCGGUUUUUGGUUCACCCCCAAAGCAAAAGUAAAUAUGAUAUCCCAAGGAAGCGUUUGGGCCGUUGCCUUGCCAUUAUGGUUUCUAUUGUUGAUUUGCGGACUGCAGGCAACAAAAUUACCAUCAAAUAGUAGUGAAAACAAAGCUGAACAUGUUGCAAAAAUCAUCUCCAUUCCCAUCAGCAACAACAGCAACAACAUCAUCCCAACAUCGAGUCAAAGUUCAAUUUUGUCAGCUGAUGUAUUAAACGGUAGUUUAAAUUCAACCUUGGAGACUGCGGAAACGAUAAAAAAUGAUGAGAGACAGGUGACAACACCUGUACAAACCACAACCACAUCCGCAACAACAACAACAACAGCAGCGACAACAACAACAGUAUCUAAAGCAACUGAAACUAUUGAAAUAACAACAUCAACUAUUGGAAAUAUUGCAAACACCACGACAACACCUUGGCAGAGAGCAGCAACAGAACAAGAAUAUUUAGAUAAAGCAGCAACAGCAACAACAACAACAGCAGCAACAUUAGUAAAACAAAACACGGGAAUAACAACAGACACAAGAGCAAGGUCAACGACAACGGAAACAACAAUUGCAAUUUCACCAAGAAUAUCAAUAAAACCAAAGCGCACUGCGACAACCACAGCGACAGCAACAACAACAUCAACAACAACAACGCCGGCAACAUUAAGUGAGCCAGCAACUGUGGGAGCAACACAAAAGCCACUGACAGUGCCAGCAGCACAUUUGGCUAAUAAAAAUGUAAGCAAAACUGAAAUCAAAUUCAAUGCGAAAACGUUGAAGGCCACUGAAGAGGCGUGGUCAAUGACAGAAACAGUUAGCAAUAAAGGCAAACAACAAGCAGAGACACAGCCAAAAGCAACUACUAUGACUCCGACAACAACAACAACAACAAGAAUAACUGCAGAAACAGUAACUACAACGGCAACAGCAACGGCAACGACAACGGUAGCAACAUCUAUUGCAGGGGGCAAAGUAUUGCCAACACCAAAAUUGCUAAAAGCCAGCAACAUGGCACAAUUUGUAGCCAAUGCUUGGGGCUCCACCUCUCCCACAUUGGCCACCACCUCGACGGCAACCUCGACAGCCAGUUCAUCCAGUUGGCCGGUGAAGCAUGCCGCUGUUUUGGAAGGCGAUGUCAUACUGGGCGGACUGAUGAUGGUGCAUUCGCGCGAAGAUAGCAUCACCUGUGGUCCCAUUAUGCCACAAGGUGGCAUCCAAGCAUUGGAGGCCAUGCUCUACACUUUGGAUCAAGUGAACAAGCAACAAAUACUGCCAAAUGUCACACUGGGCGCUCAUUUGUUGGAUGAUUGUGACAAGGAUACAUAUGGUCUGGAGAUGGCAGUGGAUUUUAUCAAGGGCUCCAUCAGCAAUAUAGACGAUGCGGAAUAUCAUUGCAACAAAACGCAAGUUCGCAAAGUCAUUUCUGGUGUGGUGGGUGCUGCCUCAUCGGUGACCUCCAUUCAAGUGGCCAAUUUGUUGCGUUUAUUCCGCAUACCCCAGGUCUCAUAUUUCUCAACCAGUCCAGAGCUAAGCAAUAAGCAACGCUUCGAAUAUUUUUCACGCACCAUACCCUCGGAUCACUAUCAGGUGAAGGCCAUGGUGGAAAUUGUUAAACGUAUGGGCUGGAGUUAUGUAUCGAUUAUCUACGAGGAGAGCAACUACGGCAUCAAGGCAUACGAGGAACUGGAGGAGUUACUGGCACGCCAUAACAUUUGUAUUGCCAUUAAGGAGAAGCUUGUAAAGGAUUCAGGAGUGGCUGAGGAUAUUGCAUACGAUAAUAUUGUGCAAAAGCUGCUGACAAAACCACGGGCAAGAGGUGCCAUUAUCUUUGGAUCCGAUCAGGAAGUGCGACAAGUGAUGAGGGCUGUACGCAGGGCGAACGCAACAGGCUCCUUCUCCUGGAUAGGCUCAGAUGGCUGGAGUGCACGAAAUCUUGUCUCCGAUGACUAUGAGCCAGAGGUGGAAGGAACUCUUUCAGUUCAGCCACAAGCGAAUCCUGUACGUGGUUUUGAGGAAUAUUUUCUUAAUCUAACCGUUGAAAACAAUCAAAGGAAUCCCUGGUUUGUAGAAUUCUGGGAGGAUCAUUUUCAGUGUCGUUAUCCGGGAAGUACUAGCACUCCCUACAACAAUUAUACGCGACAAUGUACGACCAAAGAGCGUUUAUCUCGCCAGAAUACCGAUUUUGAAGACCAAUUGCAAUUCGUGAGCGAUGCGGUAAUGGCUUUUGCUCAUGCCCUCAAGGACAUGCAUCACGAUUUAUGUGGGGAUCGUCCAUCAUUGUGUGAUGCCAUGAAACCGACUAAGGGUGCCGAUUUGUUGAAAUAUUUGCGUAAAGUGAAAUUCGAGGGCCUGAGUGGUGAUCAUUUUCGCUUUGAUAGCAAUGGCGAUGGACCAGCUCGUUAUAAUAUCAUACAUUUUAAACAAUCUCAGCCAGGACAAUAUCGUUGGAUCAAGGUCGGUGAAUACUAUGAAGGUGAACUGCGUCUGAAUAUGUCUGAGGUAAAGUUCAAGAUGUUGAGCCCCAAGCCACCGGAAUCGGUUUGCAGUUUACCCUGCGAACGUGGACAAGCCAAGAAAUAUGUUGAGGGCGAGAGCUGCUGUUGGCACUGUUUCAAUUGUACAACUUAUCAAAUACGCCAUCCAAUUGAUGAGACACACUGUUUGGUAUGCAAGUUGGGCACUUUACCGGAUGCCUAUAAGCAAUAUUGCCGUGCCAUACCGGAGGUCUAUUUGCGUCCCGAAUCCGCAUGGGCCAUUGGUGCGAUGGCAUUCAGUGCAACAGGCAUUUUCAUCACACUUUUCGUGGUCGGUGUAUUUGUGAGACACAACGACACGCCCAUUGUUAGAGCCUCAGGACGAGAAUUAAGCUAUAUUCUUUUGGCUGGCAUAUUCAUGUGCUAUGGCGUUACCUUUGCUUUGGUCCUUAAGCCUACAAAUAUUGUAUGUGCAAUGCAGAGAUUCAUUGUGGGCUUCUGUUUUACGGUCGUCUAUGCCGCAUUGUUGACUAAAACGAACCGCAUUGCGCGCAUCUUCAAGGCUGGCAAACAGUCGGCCAAACGGCCCUCAUUUAUUAGCCCCAAAUCUCAGUUGGUAAUUUGUACGUGCCUGGUCAGUGUACAGAUACUCAUUAACGGCGUUUGGAUGGUAAUUGCUCCAUCACAUGCGAUGCACCAUUAUCCCACACGCGAAGACAAUUUACUUGUCUGCGAUUCGUAUAUAGAUGCCUCCUAUAUGAUUGCCUUCUUCUAUCCCAUUCUCUUGAUUAUUGUGUGCACAGUUUAUGCGGUUUUAACCCGAAAGAUACCCGAAGCAUUCAACGAAUCUAAGCAUAUUGGCUUCACCAUGUACACCACUUGUGUCAUUUGGCUGGCAUUUGUGCCAUUAUAUUUUGGAACCGCCAAUCAUGUGCCCCUGCGCAUCACCAGCAUGUCAGUGACCAUUAGCCUGUCGGCCAGUGUAACUGUUGCGUGCCUCUUUUCACCCAAGCUCUACAUAAUACUUGUACGCCCGGAGCGCAAUGUACGACAGAGUAUGAUGCCACCGCGUUAUGGCAACAUGCAUCGAACCGCCGGCACUGGUCCCUCAUCAAUGAUGGCAGCUGCUGUAGUAACAGCAGCUACCUGUGCCCAAGAGGAGAAAAUCCAGAAACAUAUCACACCCACAAAUACAGAAAACUCCCUAAAGACGAAAAAGUUAUGUGAGAUGGCCACUCAGACGAUUACCAUAUCAAGCAUAUUCACAUCUUUGGAUAGCAAUGCCUACAAUCAGAUACCCUAUGCGGAUCAAUAUGUGCCAAAUAAUACCACAACAGCAACACCCACUGCCAAUGGUGGGGGUGGGGGUGGAGGAGGGGUUGGAGGAGAUGACUUGGAGAAAGUGGUAGCCAACAACAACAAAAUCAAUCAGCAGCAACAUGGUCAGGCACAAGUUGUUGCGGUAGGAACCAACAAUCACAUUGCUAGCAGUCCUCCAGCCACAGCAUGUGAGGUAGAUGCCUCUGCCGAGGUGACCAAUUGCAGCGGCGCCGGCGUUGGCGUUGGCUUCGGCGUCAGCGUCGGAAGCGUCUCCAAUGGGAAUGGAAAUAGCAAUGGCAAUAGCAGCCAACGUGGCCCUGUGUUGCAAACAAAUUUAUAGCUAAACGCACAAGAAUUGCAGCAACAGCUACUGAAAGAGCAGCAACGCCAACAACUCGAACAGGACAGGGACAAGGAUAAAGAAAAGGAGCCGAAGGAGACAAAGGAAAUGAAAGAACCGAAGGAGGAGAAGCAUGGAAGCAGCCCUGGUGGCAAUAGCAUUCGUAGUGAUGGUGGCAGCAAUGGCAGUGGCACAACCACAGCCAGCCAAAAAAACGAACAGCCAUACCCGUUUGAGACCCACAAAAAAACAAAUAUAUAUAUACGUAAGUCUAGUUAAAUGUGAAUACCAAUUUUAUCCAUAUAAAUAUUGUAUAUAUACCAACUAUGAAUUAAGAAUCCAAGAGUCAAAUCAAAAAACUUGACUCUAAAGUAAGUUAUAAGUGCAACAAAAAUUUGUCAGCCAGUUUCAAAAAAAAAAAGAAAAGAAUAAUAUCUAAGAAUACAAAAAUGAUCUUAAAUGUUGAAAACUUUAUGCUUGUCGUUUAAAAAGAGGAAAACAAAACAAAAAAAAACAGAAAAAUCGUAUGUGAUAUAAUUUCAAAAAUGUGUUUACUUACCUAUCUAAAUAUUUAGUAAUUUAUUGCUAAGCGCAAAAUAAAAGAUCCAAGACACUGUAGCACUUGAGGGAAUUUAUAGUGGAAUGAUGAAACCGAGUUGUGUCCAUAUUGCAAUGUGGUUCAAAUUCUUUCCAUUUGAAUGGGAACCCCCUUGCAAUUAGGAGAGCAAAACCCAUAUAACAAAACAUAUAAACAUUGCAAUUGCAUUUAUUGUGUUGUUUGAGCCCAGCAACAUAAUUAAUGUAAUUGCCUGAACAAGUUAAGCUAAUUAAAUAAUAAAAUUGUUCCAAUUGUAC